GUUGGUUUCCCACCUCCCAACUACGCAUCCAUCCCCACAGCAACAGAGCUAACACAAUUAACACAACCCACAAACAGAGUCCUCUACUCCCACCAAGAGCGCUUCUCCGAGAAUUCACAAGUACGUGUUGUUGUUGGUUGCAUAAACGACGUUAAUGGCGCCGAACCUCACGAAGAGCAGCGACGUCGCCGACGUGCUCGCCGGCGGCUUCGUCGACGGCGAUCUCCCGCCGUCCGAUUUCGCGGUCAAGGGCGGGGAUCUGACGGUCAGGGGCCACCCCUUCCUGCUCGACGUGCCUCCCAACAUCACGCUCGCCGCCGCCGCCGAUUUUGGAGGCGCCGGGGCCUUCGUCGGCUUCGACGUCGACGAGCCCCUGAGCCGCCACGUGGCUCCGGUGGGCCGGCUCGCGGGGAUCCGGUUCAUGAGCAUAUUCCGGUUCAAGGUGUGGUGGACCACCCACUGGGUGGGCUCCACCGGCGCCGACGUGGAGCACGAGACCCAGCUCCUCGUCCUCGACCGGUCGAACACCGGUCGGCCCUACGUUCUCCUCCUCCCUCUCAUCGAGGGCUCGUUUCGCGCCUCGCUGCAGCGCGGCGAGAGGCCCGACUUCGUCGACAUGUGCGUGGAGAGCGGGUCGGCGGCGGUGAGAAGCGCUUCCUUCAGGAGCGCUCUGUACCUCCACGCCGGGGACGAUCCCUACGCUCUCGUCAAAGAAGCCAUGCAGGUCGUGCGCGCGCACCUCGGCACGUUCAAGCUCCUCGACGAGAAGUCCCCGCCCGGCAUUGUCGACAAGUUCGGGUGGUGCACCUGGGACGCCUUCUAUCUGAAGGUGCAUCCUGAGGGGGUGUGGGAGGGAGUGAAGGGGCUGGCGGAGGGGGGUUGCCCGCCGGGGCUGCUGCUGAUCGACGACGGGUGGCAGACGAUCUGCCACGACGACGACGACCCGGCGUCGGGCGAGGAGGGGAUGAACCGGACGUCGGCCGGGGAGCAGAUGCCGUGCCGCCUCAUCAAGUUCGAGGAGAACCGCAAGUUCCGCGACUACACCAGCAAGAAGAGCGAGGGCAAUUGCGGAAGCAGGGGAUUGGGGGCGUUCGUGGGGGACGUGAAGGGGGCGUUCCCGAGCGUGGAGCACGUGUACAUGUGGCACGCGCUGUGCGGGUACUGGGGCGGGGUGAGGCCGCACGUGCGGGGCAUGCCCCCGGCGAGUGUGGUGGCGCCGAGGCUCUCCGAGGGGCUUAAGACGACGAUGGAGGACUUGGCCGUGGACAAGAUCGUGAACAACGGGGUCGGGCUCGUCGAACCCGGCCGAGCCCACGAGCUGUACCAAGGGUUGCACUCGCACCUGCAGCGCAGCGGGAUCGACGGGGUCAAGGUCGACGUCAUACACAUUCUGGAGAUGCUAUGUGAAGAGUAUGGAGGGAGAGUUGAACUGGCCAAAGCUUAUUACAGAGCCCUCACCGACUCCGUGAAGAAGCACUUCAAGGGGAAUGGAGUUAUCGCAAGCAUGGAACACUGCAACGACUUUAUGUUCCUCGGCACCGAAACCAUCUCGCUCGGCCGCGUCGGCGACGAUUUUUGGUGCACGGACCCAUCGGGGGACCCGAACGGGACAUACUGGUUGCAGGGAUGCCACAUGGUUCACUGCGCCUACAACUCGCUUUGGAUGGGCCAGUUCAUCCACCCCGACUGGGACAUGUUCCAAUCCACCCACCCCUGCGCGGCGUUCCACGCCGCCUCCCGCGCCAUCUCCGGCGGCCCCGUCUACGUCAGCGACGCCGUCGGCCGCCACGAUUUCGACCUGCUCAGACGGCUCACCUUGCCCGACGGCACCAUCCUUCGGUGCGCGCACUACGCCCUCCCGACGAGGGAUUGCCUCUUCGAGGACCCCUUGCACAAUGGCAAGACCAUGCUCAAGAUUUGGAAUCUCAACAAGUAUACUGGAGUUGUGGGGGCCUUCAAUUGCCAAGGAGGAGGAUGGUGCCCGAAAUCUCGGCGCAACAAGUGCGCCUCCGAGUUCUCGCGCCCGGUCACCGCCACCGCCCGCCCCUCCGACGUCGAGUGGAAGAACGGCAAGCACCCGAUCUCCGUCAAAGGCGUCGAGCACUUCGCGGUCUACUUCGUAGAAUCGAAAAAACUCAAACUUUUGGAGCCACAAGACGAAGUGGAGAUCACUUUGGACCCAUUCAACUACGAGCUGCUCGUAGUUUCCCCUGUGAAGAAAUUGUCCCUAGGCCAAAAAUCGGUGCAAUUCGCGCCAAUCGGUCUCGCGAACAUGCUGAACGCGGGGGGCGCAAUUGAAAGUGCGCAGUUUAAAGAAGAGCAAAAGGAGAUAACCGCGAAGGUCGCGGUGAAGGGCGCGGGGGAGAUGAGGGUUUACUCGUCGGUGCGUCCCUCGUCGUGCCGGAUUAAUGGAGAGGAGGUGGGGUUUGUGUAUGAGGAGAGCAUGGUUGGAGUUCAAGUGCCAUGGACUGGGUCUUCGACUAAGUUAACACUAAUUGAGUAUUUGUACUGAAUAAUUAUUUGGGAAUUGGAUGAUUAGGAAUUAAUUAUAUAGCUAGUUUGUUUGACUAAUCAUCCAACUAAUUAUAUGUAAAUGAACAUCAAUAUCAAUAAUAUAACAUGGUAUUUCUUAAGUGUGUA